CCUCAGGGCCGGGGUGGGCGGUGCCGGUGGCCGCGCGUCACUUCCUGCGGCCGGAAGGUUCCAGAGGUUCCACGGGGAGCCGCCAUGGCCGUGGCGCGGGAGGAGUUGCAGAAAGAUUUGGAAGAGGUUAAAGAGCUGCUCACAAAUGCCACUAGGAAGAGGGUGCGUGAUGUCCUUGUGGCAGAGAAACAAAAGCUGGAGCUGGAAAUUAAGAAUCAGCCUCCGCCAAAGCCAAAAGAUGUGGCAGAGGAAGAAAAGUCAUCGCUGGGAGGGUACACAGUGAAGAUAAACAAUUACGGUUGGGAUCAGUCAGAUAAGUUUGUUAAGAUUUACAUCUCUUUAAAUGGUGUCCAGAAGCUUCCAGCUGAGAACGUGCAGGUGAAUUUCACAGAGAGGUCAUUUGAUCUGCUAGUGAAGAAUCUGAAUGGGAAGAACUACACCAUGACCUUCAACAACCUCCUGAAGCCCAUCUCUGUGGAAGGCAGCUCUAGAAAGAUAAAGACAGACAUGAUCCUUGUCAUGUGUAAGAAGAAGCGGGAGGAAAAAUGGGAUUGUCUCACUCAAGUGGAAAAAGAAAGCAAAGAGAAAGAGAAGGCUGCCUAUGACACCACAGAUCCUAGUGAAGGGCUUAUGAACAUUUUAAAAAAGAUGUAUGCGGAAGGGGACGAUGAGAUGAAGCGCACCAUCAAUAAGGCCUGGGUUGAAAGCAGAGAAAAGCAGUACAAAGGGGACAUACCAAUGGAUAUCUGAAAGUACUCUAAGGGCCGCCUUAAAACUGAUCUUCCAUGUGAGACACGCUGUGCUGCAAAGAUCAUUGUUUACAUAACCUUCUUCCAAGCAAAGACAGUCAUUUUCCAUUUCAGGUUGGAGAAAAUAUUUAAAUAAAAUAGCUUAUAAAGCA